AUGGCGAUCGCACAUACAGCCCAGGAUGUCAUCGCUGCCCUCAAUCUCGCACCCCACCCGGAGAAAGGCUACUACGUCGAGACAUUCCGAGACACAAACCUCUCGGCCGAGGGCCGCGCACCCAGCAGCUAUAUCUACUAUCUCCUCGAGGGCGAAUCCGGACUAUCGCACUGGCACCGUGUGCGCGACGCUGUCGAAGUUUGGCAUUACUACGCGGGCGCACCGUUGCAGCUCUCGCUAUCGCGGGACGAUGGCGAGCCCGUCCGCGACUUGAUUCUUGGCCCUGACAUCUGGCAUGGCCAGAGGCCCCAGAUCGUGGUUGAGCGCGACGAAUGGCAGCAUGCACUGUCCUUGGGGGACUGGACCCUUGUCGGCUGCUCUGUGGCGCCGGCCUUUGAGUUCGGGAGCUUUGAGAUGGCGAAGCCAGGCUGGGAGCCAAAGGGCGCAGUGGAGAAGAAGUGA